GAAUAGAUAGAAGAAGAAGAGAAAAAGAAGGAGGUGAUGGUGGAAGAGAAGGAAGAUGAGAAGGAGCAAGAGAGAAGAGGAAGAUACGAGCUUGAGUAUCAGAUUGAAGCUUGUGAAAGAAACGAGUUCUUUUAAUUCACUCUUGAUUAUUAUUUAGUAUCGUGCGUGCAAACUUGUUUGAACGAUGUGUUUUCUUUGUUUCGUCAUCUAAGUGUUUUCUUUUUCUUGUUUUCAUGAAAUAAGUCAUAAAAAAAAGUAACAAUGUGUUUAAAAAAAAUUUGUCAAGUUUCACCGUUAAUUUUAGUUCAAUUGAAUGUAAUAAUCACUGUGAUAUUAAUUGUAAGUGUAAAAGCUUACACGAUACCAGAACCAUUAUUCGAAGUACUUGGAUCAAAAGGAUUACGUAUUUCUAUAGAAGAUGCUCCGGGCUUGCAAUAUUUUACGUUUCAUGGAAAUUUAAAUAAAGCAAUAUAUUCGGGAGACCCUGGCGAAUUAUUUGGUGAUGUGUUUCGAGCUAAAAAUGGACGAUGGACAUUAGAAAAAGCAAACGUUUUCUUACAAGAAGGAGAUGUUGUUAAUUAUUGGAUAUAUGUACAAGUUAAUAAUACAAAUUCCAUUAAAGAAAAUCAAAGAUAUGUGGUUGGCGCGAAUUCAAAAAAAUCUACAACUGCAUCACCAGUUAUCGUUAAUCCAAGUACUACAAAAGACCAAUUGAUAUUCAGCGAGGAUUUUAAUAAUUUAGAUGAAUCACUUUGGUCGCGUGAUAUAAAAAUGCCAUUAGAACCUGAUUACGAAUUUUGCGUUUAUCAUAAUGACAAUCAUCAGAAGCUCGUUGAGAUCGAUAAUGGUAUUCUUCGUAUUAAUCCGAUUAUUUUAGAAGAUUCGUACGGAGAAAAUAUAACUUCGUAUGGAACGUUACAACUUGCUGAUUGCACCAGCAAUGUCCCGCAGGAAUGUUUUCGAAAUGCUUUGUCUUAUAGUAUUUUGCCACCUGUUAUAUCAGCUAGAUUUAAUACAAAAAAUCGAUUUGCAUUCAAGUAUGGUAAAAUCGAAAUCCGUGCUAAAUUUCCUGAAGGUGAUUGGUUAUAUCCAGAACUAUGGUUGGAACCACUUUAUUCUCUUUACGGCCCUAAUUAUGCUAGCGGUCGUGUUCUUCUUGGUUUUGCUCGUGGAAACGAUAAUCUCGUCGAUGCCGAAAAUUUAGAGAAAAUUUACGACGCUAGAAAAUUGGAAUUUGGAUUGAGAUCAGGUUCUCCGACGAUCUAUGAAGAUAUUAUUCAGAAAACAGUGGAUCGUGAUUCUAAAUGGAACAAAGAUUUUCACGUAUAUACAACUAUAUGGGAUGCUAAUGGAUUCAAAUUUUUAGCAGAUGGCGAAGAAAUUGGUCGUUUACUUCCUACGGUAAACGGAUGGUUACAUAAUAAUAAUAGUAAUGUUCAUGGUAUGACAAAAAUCGCUCCAUUUGAUCAAGAGUUCUAUAUCAGUAUAGGUAUAGGUGUUGGUGGUCUAAGAGUUUUCCCAGACAAAACAAUCAGUUCUGGUUAUAAAAAACCUUGGAAAAAUGUAGGCGCUAAGCCAAUGCUACAGUUUUGGCACUCUAGAAGUCAAUGGUUACCAAGUUGGAGGCGAGAUAACAGUAAGAAAAGGGCUUUAGAAAUAGACUACGUGAAAGUCUGGUCGUUGUAACGAAAAGUAAACUAUAUAAUUGUUUCUUUAUACGUACUUUAAAAAUAUACAAUAACAUACAAAAUGUAA